CCGAGCUGCAGGCGCCUCGCGCGGUCUCAGGUGGCGGCAGCAGCGGCAGUGACAGCGACAGCAGCAGUGACAGCGGCAGCUGCAGCAGCCAGCGUGCACCCUCUCUCCGACGCGCUCGCAUCCCGCCUCCGCUGCGCCGCGGAGCCCGCGGCUGUCCCGGGUCCCCGGCUCCGGCACGCUCGGCCAAGUCCCGCACACAAUAGCGGCCGCCGCCGCGGCAGCUCUCAGCCCAAGCGCCUGCCAUGAGGAAGCUGGCGAGGAAGGGAUGCGACUACAAGCGCUUCCUGAGGAAUAACUGGCUGCUGCUCUCCACCGUCGCCGCGGUGGUGCUAGGGAUUGCCAUAGGAGUCUUGGUUCGAGAAUACAGCAAGCUGUCUAACCUGGAGAAGUUCUACUUUGCCUUUCCUGGAGAAAUCCUAAUGAGGAUGCUGAAACUCAUCAUUUUGCCAUUAAUUGUAUCAAGCAUGAUUACAGGUGUUGCUGCAUUGGAUUCCAACGUAUCCGGGAAAAUUGGUCUGCGUGCUGUCGUAUAUUAUUUCUGUACUACUGUCAUUGCUGUAAUUCUAGGUAUUGUGCUUGUGGUGAGCAUCCAGCCUGGUGUCACCCAGAAAGUGGAUGAAAUUGACAGGACGGGCAGCAGCCCUAAAGUCAGUACGGUGGAUGCCAUGUUAGACCUGAUCAGGAAUAUGUUCCCUGAGAACCUUGUCCAAGCCUGUUUUCAGCAGUAUAAAACCACGCGUGAAGAAGUGAAGCCUCCCAGUGAGCCAGGGAUGAACGUAACAGAAGCACCUGUCACAACUGUCACGAUGGAAGCAUCUGUCACACCCAUCAUGACAACUGCCAUUUCCAAGAACAAAACAAAGGAAUACAAAGUCGUAGGCAAGUAUUCAGAUGGCAUAAAUGUCCUGGGCUUGAUUGUCUUUUGCCUCGUCUUUGGACUUGUCAUUGGAAAGAUGGGAGAAAAGGGACAGAUUCUGGUGGAUUUCUUCAGUGCUCUGAGUGACGCAACCAUGAAAAUCGUUCAGAUCAUUAUGUGUUACAUGCCAUUCGGUAUUUUGUUCCUGAUUGCCGGGAAGAUCAUAGAAGUUGAAGACUGGGAAAUAUUCCGCAAGCUAGGCCUUUACAUGGCCACUGUCCUGACUGGGCUUGCAAUCCACUCCAUUAUAAUUCUCCCACUGAUAUAUUUCAUAGUCGUACGAAAGAACCCCUUCCGAUUCGCCAUGGGAAUGGCCCAGGCUCUCCUGACAGCUCUCAUGAUCUCUUCCAGUUCAGCAACACUGCCUGUCACUUUCCGCUGUGCUGAAGAAAAGAACCAGGUGGACAAGAGGAUCACUCGAUUUGUUCUACCUGUUGGUGCUACAAUCAACAUGGAUGGAACCGCACUCUAUGAAGCAGUGGCGGCUGUGUUUAUUGCACAGUUGAAUGGCUUGGAAUUGGGCAUUGGGCAGAUCGUCACUAUCAGUGUCACGGCCACAGCUGCCAGCAUCGGAGCUGCCGGUGUGCCCCAGGCCGGCCUGGUGACCAUGGUGAUCGUGCUGAGUGCCGUGGGCCUGCCCACUGAGGAUGUCACCCUGAUCAUUGCUGUCGACUGGCUCCUGGACCGAUUCAGGACCAUGGUGAACGUCCUCGGUGAUGCAUAUGGGACAGGCAUCGUGGAGAAGCUCUCUAAGAAGGAGCUGGAGCAGAUGCAUGUUUCAUCUGAAGUCAACUUCGUGAACCCCUUUGCUGUGGAAUCCACGACACUCGAUAACGAAGACUCAGACGCCAAGAAGUCCUAUGUCAACGGAGGCUUUGCCGUCGACAAAUCCGACACCAUCUCGUUCACCCAGACCUCACAGUUCUAGAGCCCCUGACUUCAGAUGACUGGGAAUAAUAAAGGACAUCUCUUAGCAAAUUCAAAGAUUAAGGAAAAGAAAAACACUAAUGGCCAAUUGUACAUUUGACCUCAUAUACAGACCUCCAGAUUCUUUUCUAUAUUUGGAUUCACAGCUUUCACUCUCCAAGUUCUGGUAUUUGGGGUGGGGUAAGAUAAAAGGAAAGCUGUAUUAUCUGGAGUUUUAAAAUUCUCUGAGAGAUAAAGUUUGAAAGUAUAAAGUAGCAACUGUUGGAAGUAGGUAACAUGUGAAAGAGAAGUUGCUUUCUCAUGCACAGACCUCUGUUCGGGGUUUUUAAAAAAAAAAUAUUCUGUCACUGACUACAAAUUUUUACUCAGGCUUUCUAUUGGCAUGGAUUUCCUUUGAUGUCUCACUUUAUAUAUUAUGAUGCAUCUAAACCAUCCCCCACCCCAAGGUAACGUGCCAAAUUGUCCAUUUUGAAUUCAUCUCCAGUCAAUUUCAAAGAAACGUCUUUGAAAGAAAACAGACUACACAGCUCUGCAAUAACAGUUUUAAGAUGGAUGUCAGGUUUGGGGGGGAAACGAAAAAGGUUCCCUUUUCAUUGUACUGUACUGGGACACUGGUAACUCAGUGUUCAGUAUAGGGUGUGUGUGUGGGUGUGUGUGUGUGUGUGUGUGUGUGUGUGUGAGAGAGAGAGAUUUUCAUAUAACUUGCCAGACAGAGAUCAGAAUUGAACUGUCAAUGUGAAAUAAAAAGCUCUCCUUAUACUUGAAUAAUAUGAUUCCAAUCCAGAUCUGCUUUGGGGCUUAUCAGAACUCCUCCCUCAGGAGCACUGGAAUGAGAAAUCAUGUUGUUUGAUCGUCUCAUGUCUGUGUAUCAGUCCCAAAGCAGAGAUACAUUAUGGUGAUAUCCCGAGGUGGCAUUGUCAUUCAUUACAACUUCCAGAUUCUACCACUGGGAGGGAAUCCAUAUCAGCUCUAUGUAAGAUGAUAUACAGAGGUGUCACUCACAUAAGGCUGGAUGUGUUUUUAUCCAACUGGAAGGCUUCUUUCUUCAACGGUUAGUUAUACCCACUUAAAAAUGACAGUACUUUGCCUUUUUGUACCCAUCAGAGUACAACAACAGUUGUAUUUUAAUACAGAGUUGAUGGGUUGAACAAGCCAGCCACAUUGACCAGAAAAACACUAUCCCUGACCUGGAUUCUUGCAGAGUAAAUCCCACGAUAUGAUACACUGGUAUCAAUGGCUUGGGAAAAUUCCAUUGUAUGGCACUGUCUCCUCCAGAGAGGACUGUUCCAACUAGUAGUCUAGUAAUCUUGGCCAUGCUCAUUGAAAUCCAUUGCUUGUCGUCCUUCUCCUAAUUCAUGAAGAUAGCUUAUUAAAUCUGCGCUUCAGCUCCCAUCAUGUAAAUAACGCUUAACAUAUAUUUGUGCUUGCCUUGAGAUCCAAAAUACUCAUGUUUCUGCAGUACUGAGCAGCCAAUGUAAGCCUGUGCUUUUAUAUUUAAGAAACCAGAAAUUGUGCCAAAGGUUGUGGAAAGGUAAAUGCUCAGUAUUGACCACCUGCACCUGAAAUCUACAAGAGAAUGAUACUGAAUUGGCAUGUAAACAUCAUAAAUGUGGACCAGUCAUUCAGUGUUUUAAAAUGCAAAUAGUGGUGGUGUUUAUAGGUAGUAAAUCUAAAUAUAAAUGCAGUUGAAUCAAUAAUGUAUCUUCGGCUGAAUGGUUCUACCCCCUGGGCUGUUUUCUCUGAUUUGAGGCACUAGCAUGGGCAGCUGUUCAUGAACUGCAGAUCAUCCUUAUUUUGGCAUCAGUCUGUAACCAGCCUCUUAACACACUGUGCUGUUAACUCGUGGAAGAGAACAAGGUUCUAUUUCAGUCUCAAUAAACAUUACUGCCAUUCGUUC